UUUGGACAUGUUGUGGAACUUGUGCUAAUGUGCUGUUCUACAUUUUACACUGUUCACACUUCACUUGGAGUCGGAGCCCAAAUUUUAAAAUGAAAGUUGCACCAGUAUUCUGAUACAUUGCCUCACUUGCAUAUCUACUGAAGUUAUGGGCCGAACUUGGAGACAAAGAAAUAUGAAGAAACAGAGGCCUGCAUCAAAACACUCUGUUAGUUUAAAUUAUGUAUUACUGUUUAAGUGGUUAAAAAGUAACGGUUUUAGGUGUAGGAAACUUCAGCCAGCUGAAUUUCAUGAUACUGGAAGAGGUUUGCUGACCUUGAACAGUAUCCCGUCUGGAAAAUGUAUUAUUUCACUUCCUGGGAGACUGUUGAUUACUUCUCAGACUGUGAUGGCAAGUGAUCUGGGUGCUGACAUACAGAGAUACAUACCAAGACUUUCACCUCUACUAGCUCUGUGCAUUUACUUAAUUAAUGAACAGCUGAAAGGAGUGGACUCAUUUUGGCAUCCUUAUAUCCAAGUUUUACCCACUGACUUUACCACACCAGUGUACUAUUCACAAGAAGAACUUCAGUGGUUGCCAACAAGAGCUAGACAAGCCGCUAUGGAACAAAUUCAGACAGUUACAAGGCAGUACCUGGAGUUAAAAGAAUUUAUGUCAAAUAUUAUAAAAAGCCAUCAAAAAUUGGCAGAAACAUUUAGCUAUGAACAUUUCCGCUGGGCUUGGUGUGUAGUUAAUACAAGAUCAGUAUACAUGCUCCAACCUAGAUGUCAAUUUUUGUCUAAUGAAAUUGACCACUAUGCUUUAGCACCAUAUCUGGAUUUGUUAAACCAUUCUGUGGAUGCUAAGGUAGAUGCAGGGUAUAAUUAUGAUACAAAACGCUAUGAAAUUAUCACCUGGACUGCAUAUAGUAAAUAUCAGCAAGUGUAUAUUAACUACGGACCACAUAAUAAUACAAGACUGCUGGUUGAGUAUGGUUUUGUCUUACCAUCAAAUUGUCACAAUGCUGUUCAGUUUGACUUAGAUCAAAUAAAAAGCAAUCCUAUGUUCAGUUCCAUCAACUCCUCUGAUAAAAAGUUGGAUUUUAUUAGAGAACAUAAGUUGCAAAGUGACUUAUCCUGUUUAGAAGAUGGUUUAUCAUGGAAUCUGAUUAAAACUUUACAGAUCCUUUCUUCCCCAAGUCCAUGCUUGGAAGAAUGGAAAAGGAUAUUAUUUGAAGAAAGCACAAAUCUGACACUAAUAGUUAGGGAUUUUGCCAUUAGUUUUUUAAAUUGGGCCUUGCAGCAGUACCCUACUAAGGAUGAGCAGUGUUGCCCAAAUUUUGAACUUUCUUUAAAUCAACAGAUGUGUAUGACACUGACUUUACAGGAAAAAGAAAUAAUAAAUCAAACACUGGAUGCUUUACAGUCAGGAUGAAUGGAACCAUUCACAUAGAAAUCAGAAUGUCAUAUCAGUUUUACAGCUUGUAAGGAUUUGAGCAAGCUUGAUGUUCGUUGGGAAGUUAAGAUUUGGUACAUCUUUGUUUUCAAAGUGAGGUGCAUUUUAUUUUUGUUACCAAAUUAGUCAAAGUACCGACAUUCAGAAAUGCCACUUAUAUCUAGAUUUCUUAAGAUUUUUCAUUUGAACUUUAUUAUUUACAGCAGGGCCGUAGCCUGAGCAAAAUGCCAGGGGGGGCAGUAAGCGG